GAGAUAUUAAAAAAACAAGGAAUUUCGGUGUACGACUCAACACGAAGAAACCACUAGAGCGAUCCUCAAAACGUUGAUGAGCACGACAACUUUGGCGUUCCCUGACUAUGAGGCCGCCAUCAAUGGCUCCCGCCCGUUUCAGUUGUCGUCCGAUGCGUCUGUUCAUGGUUUCGGGGCCGUUCUGGAACAGCACCAGAAUGAUGGCACAAUGCGUCCUCUCGUAUGCGUCAGUCGAUCGACUCUUCCCAACGAACGCAACUGGGACACGACUGACCUAGAAAUGGGGGCGUUGGUUUGGACUGUAAAAAAGCUCCGAGUGACCAGUGGAAUCUGGCUGUCCGAUCUCGUCAACGCGGCGUCAGUACCGUCAGCCGGCUCCUCGCGGGGCCGGUCGUCGCGCCCGGCGUCCAGCCGCGCCGACGCCCGCUACUUGCUGUCACGGCACCUGAGGAGUCCCGUGAUCGUCCACCGAGGCCGCGCCGAGUCUCAGCUUCGACACCUGACGGGCCCCAAGAUCGUCCAUCGAGAUGGAGACGAGCCGCUGCCCCCCAUCGUUCCCCGUCGGCCGCCGCUCAGCGCCCAACCUUCGCUACCGACGCGCGCGUCGAGUCGACUUGGCGAUUCGGGGCGCGCUUGUGCGACAGGUCCGACCUCGAGUGGGCCGCCGAGCUAGCGCGAGACCCCCUGGCGUCUUACGUUUUCAAGUACGUGCGUGAUUUUGACUCUUUUAGUUUUCCCGAUGUGGGCGAUUCUAUUGGGGAUUGGGUACUAUCACUCUUAAAAGGAUUCAGAAGUUGGCGGGCAAAUGCACACUCAAUGCCUCGCUCCGAACCGGUAGGAGCCAAAGACGCCCACCACGUGCUGCUGAUAAAGAAACCAUCCGAAGCACGUAUGUCUCGCGCCCAACGACACAGCGGCGGUAAAUUCGAAAUACUUUUGGGGGAUGAACCGGUCCGAUUGUACGUUUCAUUACUUUUGCGGCCGUGGGCGCUAAAUGCGGUGCACACAGAAGGUUGUCAUUUAGGAGAGGACGUGACGCUGGCUUCCCUCGAGCGUUACUAUUCUUGGAUUGGCAUGAGUGACAGCGUGCGAUGGCUCAUUAAACACUGCAUCGUGUGUCAAGCCUCGAAAACGGCUCGCCGAAAACCUAGAUGGCCGUUGAUUUCGCUUCCCUUACCCUCUCGGCCGAGGGAAAUGGUGGCGUUUGAUAUUCUCGGCUCUCUGCCGACAACUAAACGCGUAAACAAAUACGUGUUGCUGGUCGUCGAUUUGCUUAGUAGGCAUGCCGAACCCUACGCUCUCUCUGCCGACGAGAAAACGGCUCAGGGGUGUGCCUCAAAGCUAGCCGACGAUUAUUGUACGCGUUGGGGAUGUCCGGUGUAUUUGUUGUCGGAUAGAGGUGGCGAGUUUACGGCGGCUGUUGCGCGUGAUGUGUACCGAUUGCUUGGGGCCAAGAAACGGUUUACCAGUUCAUUCCACCCUCAAACCAACGGGUGCGUCGAAAGAUUGAACCAUACGGUCUGCCGGGUGUUGUCUCAUGUGAUUAGCGCCCAGCAAACCGAUUGGGACGACCAUCUCUUGCCUUGUGUGUACGCCCACAACAAUCACGUGAGUAAGGCUACCGGUCUUGCGCCCUUGGAAGUACAUAUUGGCCAGUAUCCUCGUUUACCGGUGACGGUUUUUGGGUCACAGAAGGUGAUUUCUGGUAUGCGGUCGAAAAAGCGGGAUGAUCUAGAAUACGUCCAGCUUAUGAAAGACCGGCAAGCGAAAGCCUACGAGCUAGUGGUUGAAGAGACAGGCUCACGAAAGAAAAACACCGAGCACGCGACGACCAUCUAGACAACCUCAUAACGAAGCGGCCGAUUUUCCACGCGGGCACGUUGGUGUGGUGCUACGAUCCACAGCACACCCUCCGUACAGCGAAUGAUGACAAAACAGCUUCUGCCAAUAGGAUUAAAGCGAAACUCGCUCACCUGUGGACAGGACCGUUUAAAGCGCUUGCUGUAGGGCCCUGUCGCUUUAACGACAUGGAAGUUGGGUCCAAGUUGCUGUAUCUGGAUUUACCGCACGACACACAGGCCAAAUCCAACCGUGUCUCAGUGUUGCGGUGUAAGCGUUGCCAUCGUGCGGACGAACCCGAGGAAAUCCACGACUUUUUACCUUGGAAAAAUUGUUCGUACGUCCUGCAAAAAUUUGCGGACAUGACGCCUCCUUUCUACCUCACCGCGGAUGACGUGUAAAAAGAGCUUGACGUACAGCGUGCACAGCCGGCCGCUAUCACCGGUCACCGUAUCAGUAGAGGUCCAGGGGUUCCAUCGCGGUACAACACGAAACGCGUUGGCGCGGACACCGCCAACCCACUUGGGAAUCUGAAGCAAACAUCCAGCAGUAUGGUGACUUUGUCGUGAAGUAUUGGGUGGGCAGUGCAGUGCGUCAAGUAGGAGCCGACAAUAAAGUGCACCGUGACUACAAUGAGCUUGCCGCGCACCGCGCGCAAGCUCGCUCCCGUAAUUCCCUUUAUGUGCCACCAGGGUACGCGUUACUGGCGACGUGGGAGCGUGGGCCGGCCUUGCUGUCAGCGGAGAUGAAAGGAGCGCAUGUUUACGUGCGGACGAAGCAGGAGGGCUGGCAGCUGGGAGUGGUACAUCAGGUUUCGAGGGCGCGGGAGGAGGACCUGCCGUACAACGUCAAUUUCGUCGACCUCGAGCGGCGUUUCAACGUGUCGUUGUCGCCGACGAAAUAUUGUUUUGCGGUGGAUGGUCCGCCUGGAUCGUGGUGCUUCCUUGUGCACGUACGAUCCGGGAGCGUCCGGCGGAACGGGACCUGACGGGUGCGCUGUGG